AAUGCAAAAGCGGAAAAGAGAAAGGCCAGCUGCUCAUUCUGUGAAAACCAGCGGAAGUCAAACUUCAAAUACAACUGCACAAUCCCAACUAUCGAAUCCACCAAAGAUAUUUAAACCGCCAAAAAAUGUUACUGUUCCGGAGCAAGGACCUGCAAAGUUUACUGCUAAAAUUGUUGGAUUUCCGUUACCAAAGGUUUCUUGGUUUAUCGAAGGAACUUUACUAGAGGAAACAGGAAACAUUCAUAUGGAUUUUGAACCGAAAUCGAAUAUUUACAAUCUGACAAUAUCUGAUAAUCUUAAGGGAAUGAGCGGAAAAGUUAAAGUUUUAGCUGUAAACAAAGAAGGAGAAGCCACAGCGGAAGUGAACUUGAUUGUCACAGGCAGAGCUGCUUCAUUUUUGGAAAAACCUCUAAAAUGUACAGCCUUACAAGGUAGUAUGGCUAUAUUUUGCUGUAAGGUUGAUGGCGAUCCAGUUCCCGAGGUUAAAUGGUUCAGAGGAAAAGAUAUAGAAAUUGAGGACUCAGCAAACUAUAAAGCUUACUUUGACGAACGUACUAACGAACAUGUUCUAGAAAUAGAUAAUAUUGGAAAGAAACAUGCUGGUAUUUAUACAGUGAACCUUGAGAAUAAUUUCGGUCGUGAAAAAACUUCAGCCAUAUUGGUUGUAACUGAAAAUAGCGAAGAAUAUGAUAAGUGGAGAAAAACACUUAGAAGAUUAAAAGAUUCAGAAAUGAAUAACAAUAUCUUGUCAGCUAACAACAAUAAAACAGACUAUUCUAAGCAAAUUGACUCUCAAGAGGCCGUUGCUGAAUCUCCCCAAAAAAAACCUGAAGUCCAGAGACGUAGACGUCGUAAAGCAAGAAGCGAAGUUGAACAUAUUAAUACCAAUCACUCAACAAGUCGCCAAACUGAGAAGAAAUCAAUAGACUGUAGCAAAAACGACAGUAAUUUGAGCAAUCAUUCAUCAACACAGAGUGAAGUGGUGACGCAACGUCGCCGACCUAGAAAUUUGGAAACUUCUAAAAUCAAACAAGAAGUGCCAACAACUAAUAAUAUCACAAAGCCUGCAUUUAUUCGAGAACUUCAGGAUUUGCGAAUAAAGGAAGCGGAAUCUGCAGAGUUUGAAUGCGAAGCUAACCAAUCUGAUUUACCCAUCACAUGGUUUAUUGAUGAUAUUCAAGUAGUACCCAGUCAAAAGUAUCAAAUUUUUUCAACUAAAACCACUCAUAAACUAGUUAUCAAUAAUUUAAAAUUGGACGAUGAAGGAGAAGUAAAAUGUCGGGCAAGUAACCAAACUACAUCGGCUCAUCUUUUUGUAUCAACAAUGAAACCGUACUUUAUCGCCAAGUUUUUCAACAAGAAAAUCUUGGAACAUGCAGAUGCUUAUUUUAUAUGCAAAUUAAAUGAAGAUUUAACAGUGGCCUGGUAUCACAAAGGUCGAAUUGUACCAGAUGAUGAUAAAAAGUAUAAGAUAUUGAAUGAAGGAAUGACCAAAACUCUGAUUAUAAAAGAUUGUAGUAUUGAAGAUUCUGGUGUAAUAAAAGUAUUCUGCCGAAAUGUUAGCUGUGAAGCGAAUUUGAGGGUUCAAGCUUUCACUUCUGAAUUCUCUAAGCCAUUAACAAAUUUAACUGUCAGAGAAAAUUCAAUGGCUGAAUUUGUAUGCUAUACACAUCAUUGUCAGCUUCGUUCAUCUAUUUCUUGGUAUAUUGAAUCAAACAAAGUCACUGAAUCAGAAAAGUACUGCUUGAUAUCCGAUGGUUGGAAACAUUCUUUAAGAAUUAACAAAGUUUCAAAAAUGGAAGAAGGUAAAAUAACAGUUAGGUGCAAGGGCGAUGAAUGUUCGGCUGAUUUAAUAGUAGAUGGUCAAUUUUUUCAAAGUGAAAGAGUUUGCAAAUCGGUCACUCAUAGUCCAAUGGAAGUUAUACAUGAUCGUACAAAGUGUCGCUUAAGUUCUCCUGUGUCUCCUUGGAAACAUGGCUUCGAAUGUUUCGUUGUUCAAAAUGACCAAAAUGAAAUACACUGUUCACGUUGUGAAGAUUCUAAGAAGUUGUUAGCUCGUAUGUGUGAAUGUCCACGAGAGGCCGAUUCCGAGAAAGAAAGUGAUCAUAAGAAUUCAAGUAUCGGUAGGAGAAUUAAUCGCAAACUCCGCUAUUUGUCCUGCCCAGACGAACUAAGUAGUAGUCCAAGAAUAAAGGAGAAAGAAAGUGUAAUUAAUAGUCCAAAAUCGGACAAAAUGGAAUCCUGUAUUAGGAAUCUCUUUUCAAGCCCUGAAUCUCUUGAUAAAUCUGCAGCGAGUCAGAGUUCUAGUUAUAGAUCAGCAUCUGGCCAAUCCAUUGGUGGGAAUGAUGUACUUAAAACUCUUAAAGAUUUUAGUUCCGCCAAAAGUCACAACGGUAUUUUUGAUAAUAAAUAUCUUCUUCAGGUGGACGACACAUCUGAAACUGAAAGUUCUAAGUCAUCUUUACAAUAUCUACCAGAUGUUGGUAAAUCUAGAAGUAGGCUUAGAAGGCAACCGAAUGAGUCACCUCCAUGGAAAAUAAGGGAGAGAUUAAGUUUACCAAUAGAGCCAGUCUAUCCUCCGAAGCCAGCAGAAAUCAAAACUGUGAAAGAUAGAGUUAAAUAUUUUGAGCAUUGUGAAGAGGAAAAACCAAUGUGUAGCGAAGACUUUCCUUCUUUCGAAAGAGAAUCAGUUAAAAAAAUUGUUGAAAAAUUUGAAAAAUUGUCAAUAGAAGGAAAAUUAAUAUUAAUUGGAAGGCAAGAGCAUCCGGACACAAAUAUUUAUACUGAUGAUAAAAAUGGUCAGCGUGAGUACAGGCAAAAAUUCAACUCUCUUUUACAUGAAAUAUUAAAGGAAUUAGAUAAUUUGGCCAAGAAGAGAAAGUUGCACAUAAACUUUGACAGUGUAAUCCUUGAUAAUUCUUACUUGCUGCCAAAAAAUGAAUUAUCCAAAGAAGAUCUUAAAUUCAGCAUAAGGCGAAAAAUUCAUGAAGUUGAGAGAGCUAUAAUUGAAUUCUUGAAAGCGUUGUCCUCAAAAAGUUCUAAAGAAAAUAAAUUUCAAGAGGGCAUUGUCAUAUACGAGACAAUAGCCACUUCAAAGUCGUUCAGCUCCAACAAGUAUCAAAAACUUGAUAGGUCGACUUUGAAAAAUCCGGAAUUUUUUGAAUCAAAAUUGCAAAUCAAUCCGGUUACUCUUGUAAUCAAAGACGGUAAAGAAAAUAGUGAUAAGCAGCAAUUCAGAAAGUGUUUAAAUGAAAUUCUCAGCUAUAAUAAGUGA